AUGUAUGUGACGGCGGUUCGAACGACGGAUCUGAAUCGGAACACAGAAUGGUUCACGUACCCUGGGGUUUGGACGACCUACAUUCUCACGGUCUUCUUCUCGUGGCUCGUCGUCCUCUGCCUCUUCUCUUGCUCGCCUGGCAUGGCCUGGACCAUCGUUCACCUCUGCCAUUUCCUCGUUACUUAUCACUUUUUUCACUGGAAGAAGGGAACGCCAUUUGCAGAUGAUCAGGGUAUCUACAAUGCGCUUACUUGGUGGGAGCAGAUAGACAAUGGCAACCAACUCACUCGAAACAGAAAAUUUCUGACUGUCGUGCCUGUUGUGCUGUACUUGAUAGCCUCUCACACAACAGACUAUCAAAAUCCAAAUCUCAUCUUUAACACCCUAGCAGUUUUUGUGUUGGUAGUUGCCAAGUUCCCAAACAUGCACAAGGUUCGUAUAUUUGGUAUCAAUGCUGAUCACUGA